AAAUAAAGAACAUUUUAUUUUCUUUUGAGAAAAAGCGUCUAAAAAUGAACAAAUUUCUUUUACCCCCGAUUCUCAUAAUCGCGAUCAUAAUCGGCCGUUUCGCAACUCCGGCGAGAUCAGACGCCUCCGAUCACCGCUACAAGGACGGUGAUCCUGUUCCUCUUUACGCUAACAAGGUCGGCCCGUUCCAUAACCCCAGUGAAACGUAUCGCUAUUUUGAUCUCCCAUUUUGUGUUCCAGAUCACUUGAAAGAGAAAAUAGAAGCUCUUGGUGAGGUGUUGAAUGGAGACCGUCUAGUGAGUGCUCCUUAUAAACUAAACUUUAGAGAUGAGAAAGACACGGUGGUUGUUUGUCGUAAGCAACUUACAAGGGAAGAAGUUGAUAAGUUUCGAUCUGCAGUUGACAAAGACUUUUACUUCCAAAUGUACUAUGAUGACCUUCCUAUUUGGGGUUUUAUUGGGAAGGUUGAUAAGGAAGGAAAAACUGAUCCGAAUGAAUAUAGAUAUUUUCUUUACAAGCAUAUCCAAUUCGAUGUUCUUUACAAUAAGGACCGUGUGAUUGAAGUGAACACUAGAAUGGAUCCUCAAUCGUUGUUGGAUUUGACAGAAGACAAGCCAGUUGAUGCAGAGUUUCAGUAUACUGUAAAGUGGAAAGAAACUGACAUUCCUUUUGAGAAGAGAAUGGAUAAGUACUCAUUGUCUUCUUCUCUUCCCCAUCACUUGGAAAUUCAUUGGUUUUCGAUCAUUAACUCAUGUGUGACGGUUCUCCUUUUGACUGGUUUUCUUGCCACAAUUCUCAUGCGAGUCUUGAAGAAUGACUUCAUGAAGUAUGCCCAAGAUGAGGAAGCAGCUGAUGACCAGGAGGAGACUGGAUGGAAGUACAUCCAUGGUGAUGUCUUUAGAUACCCAAAGUUUAAAUCCUUUUUUGCUGCUGCCCUUGGAUCUGGAACCCAGUUGUUUGCGCUAACUGUUUUCAUUUUUAUGCUUGCCCUCGUUGGUGUUUUUUAUCCGUACAAUCGAGGGGCUCUGUUUACUGCACUGGUUGUCAUAUAUGCACUUACUUCUGGAAUUGCUGGAUAUACUGCAACCUCUUUCUAUUGCCAACUCGAAGGAAAGAACUGGGUGAGGAACCUUUUGGUGACGGGAUGCCUCUUCUGUGGACCUCUGUUCCUCACAUUUUGCUUCCUGAACACUGUUGCCAUUGUUUACAGUGCCACUGCAGCAUUACCUUUUGGCACUAUUUUGGUAAUAGUUCUUAUAUGGACUUUAGUAACUUCUCCAUUGCUUGUAUUGGGUGGUAUUGCUGGGAAAAAUAGCAAGGCUGAGUUCCAAGCGCCUUGUCGAACAACAAAAUAUCCUCGAGAGAUUCCACAAUUGCCAUGGUAUAGGAGUGCCCUUCCUCAGAUGGCAAUGGCUGGUUUUCUGCCUUUUAGUGCCAUCUACAUUGAGCUCUACUACAUAUUUGCUAGUGUUUGGGGCCAUAGGAUCUACACCAUUUACAGCAUCUUGUUCAUCGUCUUCAUUAUUCUUCUAAUUGUCACAGCUUUUAUAACUGUGGCUUUGACAUAUUUCCAACUUGCUGCUGAAGAUCAUGGGUGGUGGUGGAGGUCAUUUCUCUGCGGCGGAUCAACUGGGCUGUUUAUAUACGCUUACUGCUUGUAUUACUACUAUGCACGAUCAGAUAUGUCUGGCUUCAUGCAAACCUCCUUCUUCUUUGGGUACAUGGCUUGUAUAUGCUAUGGAUUCUUCCUUAUGCUCGGGACAGUGGGUUUCCGCGCUGCCCUGCUCUUUGUUCGUCACAUUUACAGGUCGAUCAAGUGUGAGUAAUUGUCCGGUUCUUCCAUCUAUUUUGUUUUCCAAUUUAGUUAGAAUUAGGUGAGAAAUUGAAUUAGCUAGCAGAGGAGGAAGAAGCAAGCUUUGGCUUAGGCUUUAGCUAUUGCUUCCCCAACAUGCUGGCCUAGGGUUUAGAUAUCUUAACUGAACCACUGGAGCAUCAACAUUCUUGGUAACCCACAUAAAAUGUGAAAAUGCCUACUCUUUCAUUUUUCUUUAUUUUGUAUAAGCCCUAUUUUUCUUUGUCACAAUCUAAUCGAUUAGAUUCUUUUCGCAAA